AUGGUAUUCGGGACGGUGUUAAGUUUGACGACAACACUUUCGUUAUCAUGCCUUUACGGAACCCCGUAUUGCAUCAAUGGAACCUUACCGCUUUAUCCGCCACCAGUUAUCGAGCAUGGACAUUGCAAUCAAACAUUGAUGGUUGGCGCUUCAGCUUUAUUACCAUGCUCAGCAAGUGGGCGAAGCAUACCUCAAAUCAGCUGGUUGAAAAAUGGUGAACCCAUUGAUUUUGAGAAUUUCGAGAUUCACUUGAAGCAAUUAUCUACUGGCUCAUUGCAAAUCGAUGAUUUGAAGAAGAGUGAUACUGGUGUUUAUACAUGUCGAGCUCGUAAUCAGGACGGUGAAUCCACAUGGACUGCAUCGUUAGUUGUUGAAGAGCACACUAAUCCAUCAAUCACCUUUACCCGAAUGCCAGACGUUUCCGCUUUUCCGUCAGCUCCAGGCAAGCCUUCAUUUCAAAAUGUCACAGAGGAUGGCGUUGAUCUCGAAUGGACUGCACCGGAAAGAAGUGGUGCUACUCUGAUAAAUGGCUAUUUAUUACAGUAUUUCAGUCCAGAAAUGGGACAAACUUGGUUUAAUGUCCCUGAUUAUAUAUCUGGUCCAAGAUAUCAUGCAAGGAAUUUAAAGUCAGCACAUUCAUAUGUUUUUAUUGUACGUGCAGAGAAUUCUAAAGGCAUUGGUCCCCCAUCACCCAUGAGUGAUGCUAUACGAACCAAACCGCAGAAGGAAGAAAGUAAGUUCGUUUUAUGCAUUAAGAAAUUAAUUAGAUUAGGAAGAAAAAAAACUAGCUUAAGGAAGGAGUGUUAAAA